AUCUGUGGAGGAGCAAUUUAAAGGCACCUCCAAGGUUUAUGCCAGCACACUGAUUCAGAAGCUCCUCAACACUAAGUAUAAUUAUGGGUCUGGUGGCAUAAGAGAACACAUCAUGAUGAUGACAGAUAUGGCUGCCAAACUCAAGGGCAUGGAUAUGGAAAUCUCUGAGGGUUUCCUUGUCCACUUCAUUAUGACCUCUCUCCCUCCUGAGUUUACUCAUUUUAAGAUAAAUUACAACACUCAGAAAGAGAAGUGGAGCAUGAGCGACUUGAUCGCAAUGUGCGUCCAAGAGGAAGAGAGGGUGAGGGCUGAAAAUAAAGAUUUUGUGAAUCAUGUAAGCAGCCCUAAGAAUAAGAGAAAAUUCCAAGGGGAUUUCAAGUCUAAAAAGAAGUUGCAUUUCGUCGCUAAACACGACAAGGCAGCACAGAGGGCGCCCAAGGCAUUUGCUCCUUCUGCUCCUGCCUCUCAAGAAUCUAAAGAUGACGGAUGCCACUUCUGCCACAAGAAGGACCACUACCAAAAGGAUUGUGUUGGUUUCCUGAAGUGGCUUGCAAAGAAGGGGAUUCCUUACCGCGAGAACAUUAAGAAAGGGGGAGCGAAGUCUUAGAGUGGCCAAUGGGAAGGAAGCUCAAGUUGAAGCUAUCGGAUCCCUUCCAUUAGUUCUUAAUAAUGGCUUCACUCUUAGAUUAAAUAAUGUAGUUUAUGUUCCUUCUAUGAGGAGGAAUCUCAUUUCAGUUUCGAUGUUAGAUGAUGAUGGUUUUCAUUGUAAUUUCGGAGACAAUAAAUGCAUUCUUAAAUUUAAUUCA